AUCAGUGUAUCACUGCAGCAAGAGGAAGCAGACGAAGAACAAGAAAACUGCUGAAACCUGGGAGUUUUGGCGACAUUCAGAACUGUGACAAUGGCACAACUAUCACAUCUAUGGUCAAGAGGACUUGUGUGGGUUUUCCUAACAAGCGCAGUGAUACUCCUGGUUUCAGCCACACAACCGAAUGGACGGAUCCGCAGUCAACGGGCAGUGGCUAUGGCUGCUUAUUCAUUGUCCACAGAGAUCACCAACUUUGAGUUCUCUAACUCCCUCCUCGAUUCCAGCAGUAAUUACUACAAUUACCUGAAGUCCUUGGUUGAUUUUGUGUUUAUUCAAGCCUACAAUAUCUCCAUUGACCCAGAAGGACAUUUCUUGGGAACUACUGACAUGUCAUUCACGGAAGGUAAACAUAUUCAUGUGGAGACAACUAUUCUUUUCUCCUUAAGUCCAAGCACCCUAGGAACCAUUGUGGUUAGAAACGAAUUAUUGGACUUUAUGGUCCAAACAUCAAGCUCACCGAUCCAAAUUAACCCUAUUCAAACAUUCGUGAACGAAACCACCGUACCCAUCACCACCAGGUCUCCCACCACCUCCAGAACCACAACCACAGAAGCUUCCAGGUCCAACAGUGAGCCAGCCUCUCUUACUCCUCAUUCGAUGAGCCCCCAUAGACAAGAUCCGACGGGAGCUGCUACUAACCACACUACACCUUUGCAUAAUAACGCAACAGAUUGGACCUCUACUGCACCUGGAGUCCCCAACACGGUCCACUCAACCUCCAGCGUUUCCAAACCACUCGUGCCUUACUGGCUGGACUGGGUGCCAGGGUGGGGUAUCGCUCUGCUUGUACUGGCCUCCCUCAUCCUCCUGCUUCUCAUCAUUCUGAUAAUCCUGUUGCUGCUGCGCUGGUGUUGUAUGGAUGAGCCUGAGAAGGAACCUCAACCCAGAUAUGAUCCAUACUCACAUGAGCCAUAUUCAUCCCACUCUCCAGCCAAAUCACCCACCCUCAAACACAUGGGUGACCCUGGCCUGCGAACCCCAGAGAAACCCAGGGGGACCAGUACCGGGAUGUAUGUGGUGAAUCCCUGAGUGUGAACCAUACAAAAAGAAAGAUAAGCACAGCAACAAUUCUGCUCUGGGGCUGUGGAGAUCUGAGAAUGACUACGGGGAGCUGUCCAAAAUAGAAGUGCUAUAUCUGUAAUAACACUGUGUAACACUCAAACUAUAUAAGCGAUUUCACUGGCAUAUUGGUUGAGGCUGUUUAUUUAUUAUCUAAAGCAUGUAUUAAGUAUAGCAUGUUGUUUGAAUUAUGAUGGGCAUAAUAACUUUUAAUAGCCUCACAUAAUAUCUGCUAAAAAUGCAUUAAUUAAUGUUGUAUACUCAGUCAAACAUUGAAAUUGAUUAACUGCACCUAAGGCUUUGAAUGAGGUUACUUUAGCUAUGUUCAUUCUGCUCUCUCAUCCUAUGGCAAUGCAAUGAAGUUGUGUGAAGCUCAUAAGAUUCAUGCUACAUGCUGAAAGAAACACAUAACAGAGCUACGAACAAAAUUGAGCUCAAUUAUUGCUGUUUGAAAAGGCCAGCAGUGAUCUGUAUGCAUUGAAGUUGUGCUCUCUAGUACUAUUUAUGCCUUUGAAUAUUAUUUGUAUUGGUUUUAUUUUUUUAUAUUUCUUGCUAAUGUUUCUCAUCAGUGUCAGAUUGGUGACAGUGUUAAGUGUAUAAGCGUAUUUAAAUCAAGGUGUACUCCUAAUAUUUAUGAGUAUUCUUGUUUUUAUAUCAC